AUGGAGGCUGAGAAGGAGCGCCCGAAUAUUCGUAUAGAAAUAUUUAACGAAGGCAUGGACGUGGACGUGGACGAAUCGGAAAACGAAGACGGUGAAAUAGUAGAAGACGAGCCCGUUCCAGUUCCGGCGCAGCCGAAUUCGAGGACGGUAUUCACCACCGGCAUAAACAUCUUCGAUCACGAAGAGCAGAAGAAGCUGCAGGAGCGGGCCAAGCGGUUCGCUUUGAAGCCCGAAGAAACUUACAGCUUCACCGAUGCCGAUCUCGUAGAGCUGAGGGAAAGCCUGGGAAUCACCGAAGACAACGAAUUGGAAGCCCGUUUGGACACGGUGUUGCUGUUGGGUACGACCGAUAUGCAAGUAGAGGAUAUUUUGGACUAUUUUGCAAAGUACGCCCCGUCCGAGAUCGAGUUUGUCGACGAGCACAGCGUGAAUGUUAAAUGGUUGGAGAAUAUUACAGCGGCUCGAGCGAUGUUUUACUCCUCCAGAGCGGUUAAAGACAUGCCCGUCAGAGAGCAAGUUUUGGGCAAAGAUUUUUUGGACUCUGAUGUAACGGAUGAGAAAGACAGCCAAAGUGUUUUGUUGAGAGGAAGAGAUAUCCAGCUACAGGUAGACGAUAUUGUGAAACCUGCUAAGAAAGUGUUCAAAAAUGCCGUCGAUAUGGACCAAAUUACGAUACCCAUACCGCCUGGGUAUUGGAGACUGGGUGACAAACAUCCCAAGGCUAAAUGCUUGUUACUUAGGUACGCUUUUAAGACUGACAAGAAACCGUAUAGAACAGAAAGCCUAGCCAGGUACUACAAAAAAUUAGGCACUGCCAAAAUCCACUCUGAUAAAUGGAAGGAAGGAAGCAUAUUCGAGAGGAAUAGAGAUCUACCCAAGGGUAAAAAUCCUUGGGGAAAUUUGGCGAAAAAUUGGGACCAAGACGCAAAGUUUCGAGAGAAUAUCCCAACACCCGCCGUUCCGAUAGAAGUAAAAAAUCCAAAUCUAGCGACCAGAUUAGGACACAAAGCGGAAUCGGAAAACGAACUAGAAAUUGUCGAAGAACCUACUGCAACUAAAAAACCUAAAGUUAGAUCGAUGAGAAUGCGAAUGUACGCAGACGAAGAGGAAGAACGAAUCAAAAUGAAAAAAGCCAUCCAAAAAUUAAAAACGUCCUCGGAGAAACUCUUGAAAACGCCCAAAGAUUUAAGGGCCGUAUUAAGCCUAAACAACAUAACAGAACCACUGCCAGUACCAGUAAAAGAACCGGACGAUCUCGGUAAAAAACUAAAAAACCGAUCCAGACAAAUGGUGUUUUCGUUGGAAAGCGACGUAAACGUGGAGAAGGAAAGAAAGGAAAACAUCCGAACCGAUAUGAGAACGAUGCUGAAUCGAAGAAAACUCAGAUCGCCCAUUCGGGUUCCGUUGGACGACAGAAGAUACAGGGAUAGGAGUCCGGUGAGAAGGCACGAAUCGCCCAGUCGCGGCCGAAGGCUGACUUCGGAGCGAUUGGUCCACUACAGAAGGCACCAGCAUGAAGCGGACGAGGAGAGGACGAAGCCGAAGAGCAAAGUCACGGUGGUGAUCAAGAAGCAGAAGCCGCCGACGGUGGCCUCGACGAUUUGGUCGAAGGUGCAAGAGAGCGAGAGCGAGGAGAGCUCGAGCGGCAGCGACGAGGAGACCUCCAAGUCGGAUCCGACGGGGAGCAGUUCGUCCAGCGAGGAAUCCGAAUUGGACAACGACAGUUCGGCAUCGUCGGAGGAAGGGGCCGAGGAGCCGGUCAAGCGGCCCGGAUUCGAUUACUAUCGCAGUAAAUUAGUCAACAGGAAUUAUCUUAAGGUUGUUAAGGACAGUGACGGUUUUAGAAGAAGGUACAAAGAAUAA